AAUUAUCGUUAUAUAGGUCGAGUGUCGAACUGUAACAUCACCGGCCUGUGUCCUACAGGUUUGUGAUAAUUAUUCAGGGUAAUAGAACAAUAGAGUUUGCAGUAUUAAAACCGUGAUGAGUGAGCUAGUGUGGGGAAUCAAAAAUGGAGAUUUAGAUCAAGUAAAAGAUAUUAUUGAGAAAAAGCAAAUAGAUGUUAAUAAGGAAAUUGACGGACGGCCGCCUAUUCACUAUGCAGCCGAUUAUGGACAGGGAGAAGUCAUUAGUUACCUAGUUACGAAAGGAGCCGAUGUUAAUGCAAAAGACAAACAUGGAAUUAGUGCUCUUCUUGCAGCAAUUUGGGAGGGACAUACAGACUGUGUCAGAUUACUUUUGGAAAAGGGAGCGUCAAAAGAGGGGACAGCGCCAGAUGGAACAACUUACCUAGCGUCGGCAGAAAAAGAUGAAAUAAAGCAGCUGCUCCAAAAAUGAGCCUGUGGGCAUUUACAAAAUUGAUUUUCUCUGUCUGAAUAAGCUUUUAUCUGAGAUAUGAACAGUAUUUUCCUGAUUCUGUAAGAGAUGUCAUGUUGGCACAGGAGACUUGCAUCUUAAAUAUUUAAGUAACUUUUAUACAGUUAGCAUUUUAAUAUUUGAAAUUUUCAUUGAUAUAGAGGAUGUGUGGAAGUAUUUUUAUACAAAGUCUGUUUCUGUAUAUCCCUACCUCCCCCUGCUCCAUUCAUUUAACAUUAUUUUUGUCAAUGUAUACAGCCAAAAUAUUAUAUCCCAGACUGCUCAAAACAAAUUAAUUUUGUCUGGUCAUAAUGAAGAAAACAUUACUCAAAGACUUAGUUUACAUAUCAUUGUAGUAAAAGCCUGUCUCUUCAUUUUGUUGUUGGAAGGAUAUAAUUUAAAAUUUUGUUGGAGAUGUAUGUUGAUGAACUGUGUCCUUUGCUGCUAUUAGAAGUGCCUUCGUAACAUUAAAUGGUUAUUUAAAGAUAUAUUUUGAUAGGAACGGUCUUUCUCAGUAGCAUUUUUCUGUUGUAAAUUGUACUUCUAACCUAAAUUUUCAGAGCCUGUUUAAGUAUAUGAAUCCUAAUUUUUGUGAUGAGUCAUGUGUAAAGUGUCCCUAAUCAGGAGUUCCUAAUUUUUUCUAAAAUAAAUAGCCACCUCCCAUUCUUGAAUGUGUGAUCUCACUUUCUCUUGAUUUAAUGACUCCUCUUUAAUUUCCAUGUUUGAUUAGCAUUCAGCUUUAGAAUUAAAAACAGAGAGAAUUCCAGGCUGUAAAAUGUGUUGCUCAUGACCAUUCCCAUUUGUUAGUUGAUGUUUUGAUGUACUGAACACCACAAAAUACAAGUAGCUGUGGGUUUGCAUACUGGCUGUUGACACAGAGUAUGGAAUCUUAGUGCCAUGUGAGUAUAGGUAUUGGAUUUGAAUGUGUAGUGUGUUAUUAUUGAAGUACUGGUCAGUUGAUAGAAAUGUUGGUAGCCUUUGUUUUUUUUUUCUUUUUUUGGUGGCAUGAAUAAUACAAUUGUGUUGAUUGGCAAGAGGACUGUCAUAAAAAACCUGUAAAGAGCACUAUUUGUUUUGAUUAGGGGGAAAUUUAAUUCUCUAAUGUACUUUCUCUUUGUCCUAUUGUUUAUUCUGACCCAUAAAGAUGUAUUUGCAAUAUAACAAAAAUGAACAAUGUUUUACUUCAACCAAAUUGUUGCUGAUUAACUACUUGCUUUAGCACAUCAAAGUGAAGUAUCAAGCUGGUCUACAUGAUGUCAUUUUGUGCUUCAGACUGAAACAUAUUGAUUUGUUCUGGCCCUCACCACAACUGAAGAAUGGUAUGAAAAAUAUUACCAUUUACGGUGCAUAUUAUAAUUCUCUUUAAAAUAGGAAUUCGAAAUAAUAUUGCUCAUGAAUUUAUUCAGAGAUGCAUUGCUGCUCUCUUGAGCACAAACUUCAUUUGGUAGACCUGAAUUAAGUUGAUUCUGUUUAUAAGCUGUGGAUAACACGUGUGUGUCUGUUUUACUCCAGUUCGUAAUCACUGAAGAGCUAGAUUAAUUAAUGCAGUGGGAUCUUUGUUCCCCUCCUCCCCCCCCCCCUUUCCCAUUUUAUGUGUAUCACUGCUAGACAGAAAGAUAAAUUUUGUCUGAUUCAUCAUUCAGGCACUGUCUUUAAAACAUAUAUAGUGAACAGUAAGUUUGCAAAGAAUGGCAGUCCUCCAAUGUAGGAAAGACGUGUACAGUUCUCUGAAGCGUUAGUCAUUUAGAUUUCUGUGAUGCAAGUCUUGAAUCAGAUGGCACCAUGGUAUGUCUUAUAAAUUACUUAUUUGGUCUUAGAUAUUUAACAUUUCUCCAUUUUUGAGAAGUAGAUGGUACAGAAAUUCUAAAUCACAGAUAAACUGUUCAUCAGCAUCAUUGGUAAAUAUAUUCCAUUUUCUGUGUGAUACGAAUUCCUGAUUAAUUCCCUUGGCCUACUCUAGUUUCAGAAAAAAGUCUGAGUAAAAUUCUGAUUUAGAUAUAUUUAGAUGUAAAAUAAUCAGUAACAUUUGAGAGAAAAAAAGAGAAACAUAUAUACUUGCAGUUUUAUAUACAAUAUACAUAUAUAUAAUUUAUGUAAUGCUUUAUAAAUAUUAUAUAUUGAAAAGAAUAGUCUAUGAAGUACUGAAAUUAUGCCUCACUGUUUUUAGCUGCUUGUCUUUAACCUAUUACAUGUCCUGUUGACUGCUGUUGAGUAUGACAUAAUGAAAAUAAAUUGUUUUGUAAUUUGUGUAAUUUUGGUACUAAUAUGAACAUGUUUAACAUAAUUUUUGUUGUAGCUUUUGUUAGAAAAGCCCAGUUGUUCCUCAUGAUAGGAAGUUAUCUCUGGGAUAAUGUGAUCUGAGAGGAGAUUUUGUGAUUGUUCCUAUCUAUAGUAAUUUUAUUUAUCUUAAGCACUCUUUGAUGUUUGUAUAUUUUAGUAAAGACAGGAAAGAGAGAAAAUGGUAAGCUGGUUGUGGCAGUGUUUUAUCAGAGAAACAGUGGCUGGCAAUUAUGUACUAAGAGGAUAUGUGAUUUUUGACACUCUUUCUCAAAGUUGAAGUAGGACAAGAACAACAUUUGAAGUACUCCAUAAUUCAAAAUAAUUAUAUUUGUUGAUAUAUGUUUAGUUUGAUUAUGAUUGCAAAUAUAAUUUUGGAUAAUUUUUU